ACUACUGGAGGAAAAAAGUUAAAGUAAAAAUGGCUUCCUUGUCUUUGGAGUCUACAGAACAAACUGAGAACAGCCCCGAGGAGCCAACGGCAACGGAGUCCAAAGAGGAGAAGGAACCGAUCCAAAUUUCGGAACAUUUACUCCAAAGUUUCCAAAAGUCGGCUCUGAGUUUUUCUACUGACCAAGUAUCAUGUCUCUGCGAGGCCCUCCUGCAGGCGGGCAAUGUGGAUCGCCUGUGGAGGUUUCUAUCCACCAUACCUCCUUCGUCCGAGCUGCUACGUGGCAACGAGACCCUGCUGAAGGCCCAGGCACUGGUGGCUUUCCACCGGGAAGAAUUCAAGGAGCUGUACGCCAUCCUGGAGAGCUACGUCUUCCACCCGUCCAACCAUGGGUUCCUGCAGGACCUGUACCUGAAAGCCCGCUACAAGGAGGCGGAGAGGUCCCGGGGCCGCAGCCUGGGCGCAGUGGAUAAAUACCGGCUCAGGAAGAAGUUCCCCCUGCCCAAGACCAUCUGGGACGGAGAGGAGACCGUGUACUGCUUCAAAGAGAAGUCCCGAAAUGCUUUGAAAGAGUGCUACAAGAGCAACAGGUACCCCACUCCGGACGAGAAGAAAAACCUGGCCAAAGUCACCGGACUGUCCCUCACACAGGUCAGCAACUGGUUCAAGAAUCGCAGGCAGAGGGACAGGACCCCGUCCGGGACCCACAGCAAAAGUGAGUCUGACGGGAACCACAGCACCGAGGACGAGGCGAGCCCCAUGGAUGACGCCCCUGACAAACCAGAGGAGGCUGCUGGCAACGCAGCGCCCAUCAUCUCUCUGUCUGCUGUUCCCUGUAGUACAGGAGGCCAGCUCAUCCUCAACGGGUCCGGUGGCUUCCUCACAGCCUCUCAGUCAUUACUUCUUAAUGGAAAUUCCCUCAUCUCCGGCACUGGUGCUGGUGUCAUAAUUAAUGGGCUAAGCUUGGGCGAUUGUCAGACAGUCACACUGAGUCCUGUUGCAACCAACUCUCCUUUGAUACUGAACGGGGCUCAGGUAAUAACCAAACCUAGUGUCGGUGUGCAGCCGCAGCAGGCAGUUACUGUGACAGAGCGGGAGGUUUCAGCCAUAGAGGCCAAGCCGAGCAGCCUUCCAGCAGUCAUUCUUAGCACUAACACCACACCAGUGUCAAACCCUCCAUCCAUCAUCUCUCUUCCUCUGCAAGUCAAGACAGACAGCGACAACACAAUGGAUUUCAUAAGUGUCCCUGAUUCCGAGGGCAGCGGCCAGACAGUAUCUUCCUCCUCUUCAUCUUUAUCCCCCUCAUCACCAACUCUAUCCUCCCCAACCAGUAUCCAUUCACUAGUCUUAACACAAAACACCCAACACCAGGAGCCCCUCACCCUACCCCCAGCUAUGUCAUCUGCAGGAAUGGUAGUUUCCAGUUCUGCCAUGUCUCUCUCUGGUCAGCAAGGGGAAUACGUUGUCUUUGCCACUGCCAGCUCCCAGUUAAACCCAUCUAGCUCUGUGGUUUCCUCCAGCAGCCCCACCCCUCAGGUCUUCUCUCUACCCCAGGUUGUGCCUUCCAUCCAGGGUAUACCAGUAUCCCAGCUGGUCCAGCACUCCUCAGGUGCCCAGGUGUCCCAGUGCCCUCAGUUGGUCCCAGUAUCCCCCCUCACCUCGCCAGCUCCUCAGUUCCAAAGCCAAACACUGACCACAGGCCACAGACUGGUGCAACAGCAGCAGGAUGCUUCAACAAGUCUGCCUGGAGGUGCCACAACCAUAGUCUCCAUCUCACAGCUGAACAACAGUCAGCUCCCACAGCGAACAGCACACCAGCUGGGGGAACAAACCACAAACUCCACACCCAGUAAAAUCCAGGUCCCACAGGUUAUUUCCAUCUCGUCCCCAACACAAGUUGUCCCAGUCCCCCAAGCCAAAGGCACCACACCGGCACAGUUAGUCUCUCUCCCUGUGCCUCAGCUGGUCCCAGUCUCCCCCAUCCAGACUUCGUCCAGCAUCUCUUUUCCCCAAGUGGUACCUGCUGGUCCUUCUCUCUCCAUCCCCUCCGCAGGAGUGCCCUUACAGAUCCUAACUUCAGCACCUGCAGCUGCAGGGGUUGCACAGGGUCCUCUCAGGAUAAACCAGCUGAGGCCCGUUCAGAGUGUGGGUCCCCCAACCAGCGUGGCCCCUGGUGUGCAGCUCCUUAACUCUGGGAUAAUUCAGCUGCCCUCUGCUCCUCCAGGCAACCUCCUCCUCGGUGGAAGCCCCUACCUGAGUGUCCAGCAAGGCAAGCUGAUUCUGACCAUCCCAGCAGGCAUCCAACUCACCAGUCUGCCUCUGAAACCAGUCCCUGAGGCUUCACCCAUCCCUGCUAAUGGAAUCAGCCCCGUUCUCAACCCCUCCACACCUCCUGUAGCCUCCCAGCCUUCAACCACUUCAUGCCCAACCCCCACUGGCCUCACAUCGUCUCCCUUAAACUUCAUCAACUCAUCUCCACCAUACUGUGCUCCAGAGACUGGGACACCCGCCGUCCCCUCCCCUCAUUCGCUGGACCAUUCAGUCACCCCUACAACGCUAAACACUCUUACUCCAGAAAGUAUGCUAACCCUCAGUCCCAUGUACAGUGGAGUGACACCCAACACCCAGUUGUCCCAGCCAGCCUGGAGCCCCGUCCCUCUCUCCACUUCAGCUAGUCUAACUUUGUUUGAUGUCCGAGGCAAGGGGGACCUACCCGUAGACCCGGCUUUGUUGGGCCUACCUGGGGGAGAGUCGCUGCUCCUGGGAAGCCCCUCCCCAGAGCAGGAUGUGGAAGCCAGCUCGGCACUGGGGAAUCCAGAGGAGAUGGAUGGGGACUCCAAGAUUCUUACUCAGCUGCAGUCUGUCCCUGUGGAUGAUGAGCUGGGCUUGUAGUAUGUUUACGUUGCUGCUUGGCAACCCCAUGUCUCUAAAAACAAAAAAUGAAACACACAGUAGAUUGCAGACUCUGCUGGGUGUUUUUAUUCCACCUCUUGGACCCAAAUGUCUGUUACAAUAUGUUUGUGUCCAACAGUGAUGCUCUCUCAUUAGGGCCUAAUAACAUCAUUGUCUCAGCUGGCACUUUUGAGAUGGCUCCUCUGCAGCUCUACUUCACAUGAAGAGUUAUAUGGGAUGCUCACCUGCUGAACCAACAUCACAAUAUUCCUCUGGGUUUGCCUGAGAAGUUUGCGCCUCAGAGGUUUUGACAAAAAUCCAUACGUGCCUUUUCCUGAUUUAUCAGAUCCAGACAGAAGAACUAACAUGGGUUAGUCUGCUUGGCCCCGUUACAGGCCCUGGUUUUUUAAAACAAGACUAUUAUUGUUAUGCAAGGCAUCAUGACUUUGCCUACUUUCUCAGCUCUUCUUCGCAGUUUUGUGGACUGCAGACCAAGUUCAGCUGACCUCUGGGGAUUUUGCUAGAAGUAGAAGCAGUUUGUUGUGGAUCCACCACCAUAACUAUACACAGACUAUCUGGCAAAGGCUUAAAUCUAGAAAUGGAGUAUUGCCUGCCUGUCCAAAACUCAAGAGAUUCAGGAUGUUUUUUUCUUUCAAUUUAUUAUUCUGCCAACAAUCCAGGAAUAUAGAGAAGACUAUAAUCUUCACAAACAGAACAGUUUAGUUGAGUUGAGUUUUAUGUGAAACCUUUGAAAUAUGUCUUCUUCAGCAAUUAUUACAUCAUUGCUUCAAGGGCUAUACAACAGUGUUGUAUUAUUACAAGUUACUGAAGUAACAUGCAGCCAAACUUCAGCACUACUUUUAUCAGUAAACUGUUUUAAUUUACUUUCAGCAGUUUUGUGAAGUGAGAAUGCCACCUUUCACUAGUACAAAUAUAACACAGGAAAUAAAAGGGUUUCUACUCUAUGCAAUGCAUGUUUAGUUCUUUAUAGGACACUAUGUGGCACAAUGGCUGAGUUUAAAAGCCAAUAUACUUGGGAGAAAAAAGAGAAAAAGCUUUUAAAUGAGGCACGGCAGUGCAUCACACUAAGACGAUUGCUGUGAUCCCACGUAGUGAUAUUUUUGUUUGUCAAAUGAAUUCAAAAUCUGUUUGUUGAUAUAUAUAAGUGCCUUAUUUUAAAGCUUACAGGUUUGAUGUUUUUGAAAGAAAAAAAAGUUUUGACUUUUUACACAGUUUUACAAUUGCUAUAUACCCGACCAAAUGUUGGGAUUCACUUUAUGGACUUUUUUCUGAUUGAAUACACACAUUUCUGUAUCUGUUUGAUCUCUAUUGAAACAUAAUGUCUGUGAAGAUUCUCAGUCAUCCAGGUCAUGGUUACCCAAGGCGUGUUGAAUCAAGGGCAACUGGACUUGGUUCUAGAAAGGUGAAAACAUUUUGCCUCUCGCUGUGCUGCUGUGAUAACGACCCCACAGAGGUUUAAUACAUAGGACUCCCUGACAGCCAGUUAGAACUAAAGAAGCCUCUUGGCUGAGAGAUGAAAAGUUUUUCAAGGUUCUACAGCCAAGUCCAGUUACCCACGAUUCAGCUCUCCUUGGAUUGAAAUAUAAUGUGACAGUUUUGGUUUCACAGCUCUGUCUCCUCUUUUUGUAUAUUUUGCACCUUUAAUUCACACAAUGUUUACGUUGCGCUGCCGUGUUGUUAUGACAAUGGUUGGACUCAUAUUCUGCUCUGAAAUUUCCUUUUCGUCCUCCAUUGGUCCUCAGUAAUCCCCACCUAACAGAAAAGCUAAGGAGGUAGAUCAGAAAACAGGAUAUUGAUUUCCUGAUGAAAUCUGUCAUAAAUUGAUGGAACGGUUCCUUCAAUUUCAGCCUGAAAAUGUGCAUUAUUAUGAGCUUUCCACUAUCAUAACACAGGUAGCAGUCAAACCUUUGGCAAUAAUGGUACACAAAAAUACACUUCAGUGUCACAUCUGGUUACAAUAAUGGCCUUUUGUGUUCGUUUGUUUUUUUUUUUCGUACGUUUGUUGUUUGUCUUUUUUUGUUCAUUUAAUCUAUUUAAAGCAUGUAUCAAUCGGUUUCUAGUUUUAACUGAAAAACAAAUGAGUCCUUGUGGAUAUACACAAAUAGGAAAUGAUAUUCAUUUUCACUUCAAAGGUCACAUUGUGCAAACUGAGGUUUUACAAUCUUAGACUACAGGUAUUAAAUCAAUUUUGAUGGAAGGUAGGUCAUUUUGAAAUACAGUAGGUCACCCCCCUAUUAAUAAAUUUUAAGGUCGUAUGUUUCCAGUGGCCAUCGGGUAGAUUAUUAAAUGGCUUGGACAAAUCAAUUUUUAGAUUAAAUUUUGCUGAACAUUUAAAUUGGUUAGGGUUAAAGGGAAGUGUGUCCAAUAUGUAAAACACAGUAGCCUGCGUUUGUUUAUAUGAGCCAUUUCUUACCAAAGUAUGUAGUCAUUAAAGCCUGUGUGGGCUUACGCACAUUUGUAGCCCUGUUUGCUUGUAGCCUGGGAUGUGUUUUUACUCUCUCCUACCUGACACAUAUUGUAUGACUCCAGAUAUAACCAAAGAUAAUGUAUUUUGAUAAACUUUUUGAUAGUUUUGAAAGGGAUCAUUUGUGUCUGUCAUUAAAGGUUCUUGUUUUCUCAUUUUUGUAUUCAAAUGCAUUCUAUUUUUUAUAUUACAUAAUAUUGUAAUAAACUACAUUUA